CUAAAAAUCCUCCAAACUCAAACACGGCUCUGCUGCGAGGUGAACAAAGCUAAUAAACCCGCACUGUGGCUCGAUAUACAGCUACUAAUUUAGGUAAACAGUGAGUAAUGCUGUAUUAGAAGAGCUUCAGGUACAAGAACCCGACCAUGACGUAUUUCUUGUGCGCCAUUUCCCGUCUUCACGUGACCGUCCAAGCGGCUCUGUCGCGCGUAGCAGUGCAGUGAAGAUGGCGGAGGGGAGCUCGGUGCCCAGUGAUCUCUACCAGCACGUUUAUACGUUUCUUCUACAGAACAAGUUCACCAAAGCCGCUAAGGAGUUUAUAAAGCAAGCUAAAGUCAAACCUCAGGACCAAAAUGAAGAAGGACUCCUUGACAUCUUCAGUUUUUGGGUUAAGUCUCAGAAGGCUACAAAAAGGAAAGCGGUCCCCAAAAGUCCUGAGGUUAAUGGGCCACGUGCGAAGAAAGCAAAGCAGGACGUGGAGAGUUCCAGUGAAGAGGACUCGAGCAGUGAUGAGGAGGAUGCAGCACCUGCCCAGAAAACACCUCAAGCUGCGGUGAAGAAGGCAGCGGCUGCGGCACCGGUGAAGAAGGCAGCGGCUGCGGCACCGGUGAAGAAGGCAGAGGAGUCCAGCAGCAGUGAAGACUCCAGUGACUCUGAGGAUGAAGCCACCACUAAAGCCCCUGUAAAGAAGGUCACAGCUGUGAAGCCUGCAGCCUCGUCCCCUGCAGCGGCAGCCAGGAAGAAGGACACCAGCUCCAGCAGUGAGGAGUCUGACUCGGAGGAAGAAUCAGCCAAACCUGCAGCCACAGGAGCCAAGCCUACGACUGUGACCCCUAAAGCCUCGGCCGCUCCUAAAGCCCCAGCUCAGAAGAAGCAGGAGAGCAGCAGCAGUGAGGAAAGCUCAAGUGACUCUGAAGAUGAGGCUCCAGCAAAGGCAGCAGUAAAGGCGCCUGCCCCGGUGAAGGCCCCGGCUCCGGCCAAUGCCAGCAGCAGCAGUGACGACUCCUCAGAUGAGGAGGAGGAGGCUCCACCCACUAAGAAGCCCAAAGCAGGUACAUACAGUGCGGUACCUCCACCUGCAGCUCAGAGUGCCCCUGCCCCUGCAGCUAAACAGGACUCAUCAGACAGCAGUGAAGACAGCAGUGAUGAGGAAGAAAAGAAAGCCCCUGCUCCUACAAAGGCUGUGACUCCCAAACCUGCAGCCAAGAAGGAUGAGUCAAGUUCAGACAGCUCUGAUUCAAGCUCGGAGGAGGAAGCAGAGAAGCCAGCUGCCAAAGCUGCUCCACCUAAAGCAGCUCCUGCUAAGGCCCCAGCAGUUCCAACUAAGACUGCGGCAGCUCCUGCUGACGAGGACGAUGACUCCUCAUCAAGCUCAGAGGAUGACGAUGAAGAGGCAAACAAGCCGGCCACCAAGGCAACACCAGCGAAAGCUGUCCCAGCUGCCAAGGCCACCCCUGCCAAGCAGGAUUCUUCCUCGUCCUCUAGUUCUGAGGAUUCAGAUGAUGAAGCAGAAAAACCACCAACAAAAACUCCUGCAUCAAAGGCUACUCCAGCAAAGGCUACUCCUGCAAAGGCUACUCCUGCAAAGGCUACUCCUGCAAAGGCUACUCCUGCAAAGGCUACUCCUGCUAAGGCUACUCCUGCUAAGGCUACUCCUGCUAAGGCUACUCCAGCUAAAGCCACCCCAGCUAAAGCUGCAGAAGUGUCGUCCUCUUCCAGUUCGGAGGAGUCUGAUGAUGAGGAUGAUAAAGCCAAACCAGCUGCUAAAGCCAAACCAGCUGCUAAAGCCAAACCAGCUGCUAAAGCCGUCCCAGUUAAGACUCCUCCAGCGAAGGCCACACCUGCAAAGAAAGCUGAGUCCUCAAGCUCAGAUUCUGAUAGCUCAGAAGAUGAGGCUCCUGCCAAACCUGCAGCCCAAACAGCAACACCGAAAACCACGCCCAAACCAGUGGCCACACCUAAAACUGCAGUAACACCCAAGACUCCAUCCAAGCCUGCAGAGAGCAGCUCGGACUCGGACAGCUCUUCUGACGAAGAGGAGCCUCCUAAGAAAGCUGCUGCCCCUCCCGCCACUAAACCAGCGCCACCCAAAUCUCAACCAGCCGAGAGCAGCUCGGACUCGGACAGUGACAGCUCCGACUCAGAAGAUGAGACCCCAGCAACUAAAACAGCUAAACCUGCAUCCUCCACAGUGAGCUCCACCCCUACUGCUAAAGCUGCCGCGUCCACAGGGUCUAAAGCCACACCCACAACGUCUAAACCCGCAGCCGAGUCCAGCAGCAGUGGCUCGGACAGCUCCAGUGAGGAGGAUGAGGAGAGUAAAGGGAAACCUGCUGCCUCCUCUAAGCCUGCUGUGACUCCAACAAGCACUAAAAAGGCUGAGAGCAGCAGUUCCGACUCUUCAGACAGCUCGGAUUCAGAGGCUGAAGCUCCCAAAACGACGCCGGCCAAACCUGCCGUGACCAACGGGAAAACAGCGACUCCCAAAACCCCUGCCUCUACAGCGAAGACGCCUGUCUCGAAGGCCGCAGAGUCGUCGUCCUCUAGUGAAGACAGCUCUGAUGAUGAAGAGGAGACAACAAAGGCACCGGUAAAAACUGCACCGGUAAAAACUACACCUGUUGCAAAAAGCACACCAACUGCUAGAGCAAAGCCAAAGCCCGAGAGCAGCUCGUCAGAGAGCUCUUCGUCUGAAGAGGAGGAAGUGAAAACACCCAAGACUCCUACUGCCACUCCAGCAAAUGGCACUGGCGGCAAAAGAAAGAGGACUGAGGAAGACGAGGUGGACGAGGAAGCGUCAAAGAAAACACCCAAAAACAAAAAGCCUGUUAACGUCACACCUCAUUCAUUCCCCAAGGCCAAACAGAAGAAUGGCACUACUCCUUUCCGUAGAAUAAGAGACGAGGAGAUUGAGGUAGACCCGCGUCUGGCAGACAAUUCCUUCACAGCCAAGUUGGGAGCGAGUGGAGAUUGGGGGGAGAAGGCCAACAACGUGCUGAAGUACACCAAAGGCAAGUCCUUCAGACACGAAAAGACGAAAAAGAAGCGUGGCAGCUACAGGGGAGGAGCCAUCUCUACCACCAUCAACUCCAUCAAAUUUGACAGUGACUGAGAGCUGACCCACGAACGCCAAGUUUCCUUCAUCUACCUGGACUAAUUUCUCUGUCUGACACUGGUGUCGUAUUGUAGGAUCUGGCCACCCAGACCACUGCAGUGUGUUAGUGCUGUACUCAGGUCAUUAUUAAUAACGUGCUAGUAAAACCUUGAGCAGAGACACAGCCAUGUCAGUUGCAGUUUCUUUUCUUAGCCACUAGGUGGUGACCUCGUUUUGCUAAUAUGUCUUCUACAUUAUACUUUUAUUUGUACAAUUUUCUCUGUCAGAACUGUAUUGCGUCAGAGGUCUAGUCUCCUGAGUUUGUUUGGAUUUUUUUUUUUUAUUGAGCUAAUGAAGCGGUUAUACUCAAUUUCUCUUUCUGGACAUUAAAUACAUUUCUUUUAUCUCUGUUAGAAUUUGAGAAAUUUGAUAUUGAUGUUGAAUGGUGUGAGGGUUACUGAGCAAAGCUAAUCGGUUCUAUAUUAAUUAUAAUCAGAUUAGAUAUCCCAAGUGUGGUGAUUGUGCCUCAUGUGAAUAAGAAGCCAUUGGUAACAGCACUCACAUUGUUCAUCCUGUUGCAGGUUUAGUUUUUGAUUCUUAUUUAAAUGCUGCAACAGCUGUACUGGUUUCAUCCCAUUUGUUCAUGUAUUCAUGAGACUGUUUGUAAUUAAAACCUGACUGAAUCUUAA